AGAAGAAGAAGAAUUCUCUCAUUACCGGAAGUAACGAACAGGUGAUGGAAACGGGAUAGGAUCGGGAUCCACCCAUAAAAAUCUGGAGAAAAUGGGUCGCUGCUAAAAUCUAAUUAAAACGAUCAAAGCGAGGGCUGUCCAAGACUGUCUAGGACAUACCAGAAGAUGGGAGGCUUGAGUGUGUUUGUUACCGGCUGUGUGGGGAUGACUCUUUUCCUGGCACUACUUGGAGAUUCACUGGCAACUGCGCCUGAGUUUGAUCCCUACAAAGUUCUUGGAGUAUCCAGACACGCGAGUCAGGGUGAAAUAAAAAAACUGUACAAGAAGCUUGCCAGGGAAUGGCAUCCAGAUAAGAACAAAAAUCCAGGGGCCGAAGACAUGUUUAUCAAGGUCACUAAAUCUUACGAGAUCUUGUCCAAUGAGGAGCGACGGGCCAAUUAUGACCAUUUUGGUCAAAUGGACGAGAAUCAAAACUUUGUGCACGCACCACAGGGCUUCAGACACUUUCAGGACAGUUUCUACUUCGAUGAAUCUUUCUUUCACUUCCCUCGAACAAGACAAGAUUUCACAGACAGCAAGCACCUCCUUCACUACAACCAGUACAUAAAUGAAGUGGUGCCAGAUAGUUUCAAGAGACCCUACCUAAUCAAGAUCACCUCAGAGUGGUGCUUUACCUGCAUUCAUAUUGAACCCAUUUGGAAGGACACUGUGCAAGAACUUGAGCCACUGGGUGUUGGUAUCGGUAUUGUGGACAUUGGCUAUGAGAAACAGCUGGCCAACCAUCUUGGUGCCCACCGCACACCCUCCAUUCUGGGCCUUAUCAAUGGCAAAGUCACUUUCUUCCACUAUGCUGUGGUCAGGGAGCACCUAAGACAGUUCGUGGAAAGUCUUCUGCCACCGAAGCUGGUGGAGAAGGUGACGGAUAACAGCUACCACGAGUUUUUGAACAAUUGGCAUGAGGAGAAUAAGCCAAGAGUGGUAAUGUUUGAUAUAGCAUCUACAAUCCCUCUUCUGUACAAGCUCACUGCGUUUGCCUACAAAGACUAUGUGAGGUUCAGCUAUGUGGAUAUGGGCCUCACCGAGACUUCCCAGGUCGUGCGGAGGUUCAACAUUAACACUUAUGCUCCCACAAUGCUCCUGUUCAAGGAGAACACAGAGAAACCUGCAGAUGUUAUUCAGGCAAGAGGAAUGAAGAAGCAGAUAAUUGACGAGUUUGUAUCGACUAAUCGGUUUCUGCUGGUACCGCGUCUGGUGAAUCAGAAGCUUUUUGAUGAGCUAUGUCCAGUUAAGCAGUUCCACCGUCGCAGGAAAUACUGUGUUCUACUUGUUACUGGGGAAGGGGAAGAGUUUGUGUCAGUGAAUGAGGCUUUCUUUGACUUUGCUUCCUCCAACACCAAAGAAGUUCUGAGGUUUGCUUAUGUUUAUCAGAGACAACAGCAACAUCUCUGUGACACUCUGCUCAAAAAGGAUGACACAACCCCUCCACAGGUGAUAAUCUUGGAGAGGCGCAGCGCUACAGGAAGGGUGUUGUAUCGGACAGUGACUGGUGGCUGGAAUGGGAGUGAUGAUGAUAAGCACCACCUUCAUGAACACCUAGAGCUUUUACAAAGAGAUCCCUCCUACCUUACCCAUGAUGCAAUGCUGCCCGAACUCAGCAAUGAGUUUGCUUCUAUGUUUCUAAUUCAGUGGAUGAACACUGCAUAUGAUUACCUCGCUCAGUUUUACUUCGAUCUUCUCUACUAUAACUGGCGAGAGAUGAUGCCUGUGCUAUCCCUGAUCUUCUCAGCUCUUUUCAUCCUGUUUGGGACUGUGCUCAUCCAGGCCUUCAGUGACACUGGUGAAGACAAACCAGCCAAACAAAAGGCAGCUGAUUCACCAAAGACAGCGGAGAGCUGUUCUCCUGGACCAGAGAGCACUUCGAGUCAUCCCCCUAAGAAGAAUUUUUUGGAGGUGACAGAGUUGACAGACAUAACCUACACUAGUAACCUAGUCAAGUUAAAGCCUGGUCACAUCAACGUAGUGCUGAUCCUCACUGAUGCUUCUAAACAAGUGCUGCUUAGGAAGUUUGCCAAAGAAGUGUACUCGUUCUCAGGGUCUCAAACUCUUCACUACUCCUUCUUAAAUGUGGACAAACACAGCCAGUGGAUGGACUCGCUCAUGGAGGCGGCUCCGGACGCCAGGCCUUCAGACUGCCUGGAUGAAGAGGAGGAAGAAGACACUGCCUCCCACAAGCCAGACUUUACUGGCCAUGUCCUGGCACUCAAUGGCCACAAGAAAUACUUCUGCAUUUUCAGACCUGUGUUUACAGGGGAGGAAGUUGAGUGUAGCCGAUCGUCCGAUGAAGUUGGGGCAGUGGCCGGGCCAAGCAAAGGCACGAGUACCCGGUCCAGUUCCCGUCAGAGGACCACCUCUCUGGAGAUCCACCAUAAACUGGACCGCCUGGGUCUGUGGAUGGAGAGGCUUAUGGAGGGAACUCUACCCAGGCAUUAUGUUCCAUCCUGGCCCGGUCUGGACACCAUAACGCCCCAGAAAUAAGACUCAUAAUUGUCCUCCGUCCGAACCAGGCAGUGGCUCAGGACUAUUACUGGAGGCAUGCUGUUGUGACGUUAAAGUUGUUGGAUUCUGAUGUUCAGCAUCUUUUUUUAUCUGAAUUACACAGUUAUUUUAAACAAUAUUAAAUUAUUCUGUAAAACACACUGGUUUUGAGUAGAGGUUGUCUUUAUUUGGAGCACCAUGUGCUCAUCAGCUGCUUUAGAGGUGAAAACGCCUCUUCUUCUGUAACAGUCUGUCUCUUGGUAGUAUGGCCGUUUCUUUACUGUGUGGAUGCUUUUCUGAAUCCCAGAUAAAGCCACUCUGGGUAGCUUCAAAAGCAGCUUAUAUUAAGAUUACCAUUUAGCCUUUUUUCCAAUAAAAAUAACUAAUUGGAUUUUAAAAAAUCGAAAAAAUGUGUGGGAAAAUUGUCAAACCACUCUCCUUAUGCAAAAAAUAUCAUACUGAAUUUCCGAAACCAAACCUUUCUGCAUGAAGACUUGAGAUAUUUUUAAAGACUUGAGAUUCUUGAGUAGGUACUUCCUGCCAUAUGUGCAUGUUCUGCCUUUCCUUAAGUCCAACAUUUUUAUGUUAUGUCUUUUGUUUCAUGUUUUGCACUUUGAAGGCUUGCUUUGGAUUUUUUCAUUUAGAAAGUAAAUGGUACAGAGUAGCUUUAUUAAUAUUUAAUAAUGAGAGGUUCUAACUGCAUCUGUAAUAUCACUACCAAUAGAACAGGUUAAGAAUGUUCUAGAUCCUCAGUUGGCUAUUUAUUUUUUGUUGCACUUUUUGUGGUUGAUAUAUACAUACAUACAUACAUACACUACUGGUCAAAAGUUUUGAAACACUUAUUCUUUAUCAUAAUUUCUAUUCAUAAUUUUUUCACAUUUUAGAAUAAUAGUAAUGUCAUCAAAACUGGAAUAACAUAAAAGGAACUAUGGGAAUUAUGUUGUGACUAAAAAUAUAAUAUCAAAAAAUAAAUCAAAACUGUGUUAUAUUUUAGCAUCUUCAAAGUAGUCACCCUUUGCCUAGAAUUUGCAGAAAUGUACUCUUGACAUUUUCUCAACCAACUUCUUGAGGUAUCACCCUGGGAUGCUUUUUAAACAGUAUUGGAGUUCACAUCUAUGUUGGGCACUUAUUGGCUGCUUUUCUUUAUUAUUUGGUCCAAAUUAUCAAUUUCAAAACCUUUUUAUUUUUAUUUUUUAUUACAUUUUAGUUUUAUAAUGAAAUAAGUUAAUAUGGUGGCAAAAUUAUAUUUUUGUCUACAAACCUAAUUUCAAAUAUUUAAGCUUACGUCUUCAGAUCAAAAUAUUUUUAAGAUCAUGAGAAACAUUUCAGUCAAGUGUUUCAAAACUUUUGACUGGUAGUGUGUGUGUGUAUGUAUGUGUGUGUGUGUGUGCAUUAUUUAAAAAUAAUAAUAAAGUUUGUACUGUA